AGCCGUCCUUAUCGGUAAACCCGUCGUAUAAAUAAAAACCUACAAUUUUCUACGAAAAUUCUCAAAAUCCAAAAAUAUUAAAAAAAAAAAGUUUAAAAAUAAAUUAGAAAUAAAUAAAAUAAUAGUUCAAACAGAAAAAAAAGGAAAACAUCUGAGAGGAUUUAAAUUUUUAGCAAAUAAUAAGAGACAGAUUCAGAAAAACCACACCCCCGAAAAGAAAUCACACGCGCCACCUCACGCGCUCGCUGACAGCAUUUUCACCGGGAACGGAAAGCUUUCCGAGAUGAUGGAGCAGCCGAAGCCGGCGGAGACUGAACAGAAACCACCCCACACUCCGAGUUCGGAUCCGAAUCCCGAUACGAAAGAGAAAGGGAAUGCUACGAAUGGUGAUGGGAAGUGGGGGAGUUUCGUGAUGGGAUCGGAAACUCGGACUCAGACUCAGACUCAGACCCAGACGACGGGGACGGCAUCGAAUUCGAGUCCGACGGCUGCGGGUAGGAAAUCGGUACGUUGGAGCCCCGAAUUGGUAUCUGAAACGACGUACAGCAAUGACUCCGCGUCUUACCCCCACGGAUCCAAUCCCUAUGUUGCUUCUUCCCCUGCAUCUUCCUCUUCUUUCAACUUCAAGGAAUCCAUGGAUACUGUACGGAAUGUGCUGGGUAGAUGGGGAAAGAGAGUAGGAGAAGCGACGAAGAAAGCUGAGGAUCUGGCAGGAAACACUUGGCAGCACCUGAAAACGUCUCCAAGUUUUGCUGAUGCUGCCAUGGGAAGAAUCGCACAAGGAACAAAGGUUUUAGCAGAAGGUGGUUAUGAGAAGGUCUUUCGGCAGUCAUUUGAGACAGUUCCUGAGGAGCAACUUCUAAAUUCAUAUGCAUGUUACCUAUCCACAUCAGCAGGUCCAGUCAUGGGAAUGUUAUAUGUAUCUACAGAAAAGCUUGCAUAUUGCAGUGAUAAUCCCCUUUCAUAUAAAGCUGGUGACACAACUGAAUGGAGCUAUUAUAAGGUUGUUAUCCCGUUACAUCAACUCAAAGCUGUUAAUCCAUCGUUAAGCCAAUCCAACACUUCUGAAAAAUACAUCCAGGUUAUCUCUGUUGACAAUCAUGAAUUUUGGUUCAUGGCCUUCUUAAACUACGAAGGAGCUGUUAAAUGUCUACAAGAAGCUAUGCGUAGCGGCCAAUCACAAUCCGUUUGAUAACUGUUUCCUGGAGCAGAAUAUCCAUUGUACUAUGUGGUUUACGUAAACAGUCAUAGAUUUUAUGUUUUCAUAUUGUAAGAGCAUCGAGCAUUUAAGAAAAUGCAAGCUGCUAUCCUUUGUCAAUUCUUUGAUAGUUCUGCGAUAUUGAGAUCAAGUAAUUUCUAGUGUUUUAUAUUUAUAAUUUUUGGGAUAACAGUUGGAAUGUUAGUUUGACUACUUUUUCCGAGUCAUUAAUAUUAAUUUUUGUCAUGACUACAA